GAGGUGCAGUAAGUCAUGGCAGAAGCAGGCGAACAGUCUUGUGUAUUUUGCAAAAUUGCCAACGGGAAGGAUGAGAACGCUGAGUUGCUCUUUCAGGAUGAAGCAUAUGCAGUUUUUAGAGACCAUAAACCUGCAGCAUCAACCCAUCUACUCGUUGUACCAAAAGCUCAUAUAUCAGAUGCCAAAAGUCUAAAAAAACAAGAUUUGGAGUUAGUUACCACAAUGGUGAAGAUUGGUGAGCAGGUGUUACAGGAACAUGGUGGGGAGGUAACCAAAGCAAGGUGA